AUGCGUUUCUUGCCUCGCAAAAUCGCACCCGUUUGCGAUGCGGUUACACUUUGGAAGAAAUCAGAGAUACUGCAGCGAAGACGUGAGAUUGGCUUGAAUCGUUUGGAAGGACAGGAUUACAUGCCAUCCAUUAUCAGAAGCCAGCUGAGAAACAGGUGGAUGAAGGAAUACGCAGAAAUCAAAGUGAAGAAAAGCUGUCGAAGACUAGAAGCGUUGUGUGAAGUUCACUCAAAAUCAGUAGUCGGAAAACUCGCAAUUUGCGAAGAAGGAAUUGGCAAGCAACUAAGCUUUUUGUUUGUGCAAUGGAUGGCGAAAACUUACGAAAAAGAUCCACAGCCGGAUCCAAGACGAACCAAUCCAUCAGAGUCUGAGCUUCAACGAAUGCUCGCGCACUAUUUCGACUUUCGCAAUAAUCUGAAGGUUUUGAAAUUGCCCUACCGCCGUUAUUACGCUGAAGAAGACCCUUACGUUAUGGCUUUGGAAAAUUACUUGAAAACUUUCCAAAACGAAUCAUUCCAAUUUUGCCACUUGGUAGUGCCAAACGAGAACGGAAAUCUAACGAGUCUAAAAUUUCUGCAAACACCUUCCAACAAAAUCAAAGAAUUAAUGGACUUAGAAGAAGACUCAGAGGAAGUUGUAAGGGAUGAACAGCACGGAAGAAGGUAA